AGUUCCACCGAAAAUCAAAUUGCAAACAGCCGUUCGCCGAUUUGCUUGCCCGCCACAUCAGAAUCAGAAUCACUCCUUCCUUCCCCGAAAUAAUCGAAGCUUCCGUUCACAUUCGCAUCUCUCCUGUUUCCCAUCGCUUGCCAGGUUUCUUAUAAGAAAGGCGUCGGAGCCAAAGCCGUCAUCUUUCUCUCCAGGGAGGAGGACGGGUAUCUGUUUCUCGUUCAUAUUCUUUCAUACCUGUUCUCCUUCGAACCCAUCAUCCACUUCUUGGUUGUUUUCUUUUCAUUCCUUGACUUUGAUUCUCCCUCUCUUCUUCCAUUGUCGUCAUGGUUGGAUUCAAUUAUCAGCGUACGCGGAUUGCCUGUAGUUCAAUGCGUGCGUGCAAUCUGUAAUUUGAAGGGGAUUUUCUCACCUCGCCUUUCUUGCCCAUUAUUUUCUUGCAUUUAUACGCUAGGGAUCAUUCUCACACCUGCGUUGAUCGCAUCGACGUAGAAUGGAAGUACUGUGGUUCUGACCCCAAGUCUUGGUAUUCUUCAAUCUUGAAAGUGCGACGACCGAAGAGAUCAGUCUAUUAUUUUUGCGACAGACUCGUCAGAUCUGUUGAUGUAUCCAAUCGUUGCUGAAAAGGAUCGGCUUGUGAACAUACCCAAUUCAUACCUGGGUGUCCUCAGGCCAUUGGAUUUGCCCAUUGAACAAAUAGACUUCUCAUUCUGUUUUUCAAUACAAAGGUGGAAUAAGGAGUUUUCCGAGCUGCAGAGUGGAUAAAUAAAGCUCGACAAAUUUGUAACAUUUCUCGAUUUGGAAGAGUCGUUAAGAAUGGAUUCGUCACAAGAGCCUGCGCUAUCCGCUAAUGUUGCUGGUUUAGUGGAUAAUGCGUCGCUCAAGGGGAAGAAUUCCAACCUCGAUGGCAUGCCUGUGUACGUCAAGGAGUUAAUUGCCGGUGGAUUUGCCGGUGCACUUUCUAGGACUGCUGUUGCGCCCCUGGAGCGGGUCAAAAUACUUUGGCAGACAAGGACACCAGGAUUUCACUCCCUUGGUGUUUAUCAAUCUUUAAGCAAGUUAAUGAAGAAUGAAGGUUUGCCAGGAUUAUACAAAGGAAAUGGAGCGAGUGUUGUCCGGGUUAUUCCUUAUGCUGCCUUGCAUUUUAUGACAUAUGAGCGGUACAAGUGUUGGAUCUUGCAGAAUUGGCCAGUGUUAGGAUCAGGUCCUGUCAUUGAUCUUUUAGCUGGAUCCGCAGCUGGAGGCACUUCAACUUUAUGUACAUAUCCUCUGGACCUUGCCCGUACAAAACUUGCUUAUCAGGUGGGAGACACAAGAGGAAGUGCAAAAGAUGUUCCUUCUCGACCUGCCCAUAAUGGAAUUAAAGGUGUUCUUACAAGUGCCUACAAGGACGGGGGAGUUCGGGGACUUUAUAGAGGUGUAGGACCAACCCUUGCUGGAAUUCUUCCAUAUGCUGGUUUGAAGUUCUACAUGUAUGAGAAAUUGAAGAUGCACGUUCCUGAAGAACAUAAAAAGUCCAUUUUGAUGCGACUCACUUGUGGAGCUCUGGCGGGCUUGUUUGGACAGACUUUAACAUACCCUUUAGAUGUUGUUAAGAGACAGAUGCAGGUUGGCAGCCUGCAGAAUUCAGCUCAUGGUGAUGUCAGAUACAGGAAUACAUUAGAGGGACUUAGGAUUAUUGUUGCUAAUCAAGGAUGGAGGCAGCUGUUUGCAGGCGUAAGCAUAAACUACAUUAGGAUUGUUCCAUCAGCGGCAAUUGGUUUCACGACAUAUGACAUGAUGAAGGCUUGGCUUGGCGUAGCACCCCAAGAGAAGAAGUCGUCUUUAUCAGUUUCCGCUUCAUAAUUGUCCACUGCUCACUGCGUCACUGAUAAUUAGUCUUUUUUUUUUUUUAAAGGCCACAACUACGUAUCCAUUAACAAUAGUUACAGACACUGAUCACUGGUUCCAUUAUUGCCUCAGAUGUGAAGCCAAAAUUACACAUUUUUAUUGUAUUUAGGGUGAUUCCUGUUAUAAGAUUUUCUAACUUCAAUGUUAACGUCCAUGUGGUAGUCCAUGUUGGUCUAUAUUUAUUUGAAAAAUUAAGUUAUGGAGACCACGGUGAGUUUUGGGGUC